AAGGAGGAUCUGGUAACCUGCCAAACGUCACGACUUCGGGGCCGGCGCCAAGAUCUGAAAUGACCUAUAGACCACCCUCCAGGACGGGGAGGGCACCACAUGCUGUCAGGACCAGGGCUAAAGGGCCGGUGAGCCCCGAAGAACCGGCGAAGGAUGUUCCCGAGCCGAGUGGAGAGAAGGAGGUAGUGGACGUUCCAAAAGAGCAGGAUGAUGAAGAUGAUAGGUUAAGAAAAGAAGAGGAUGAGAAGGCCGAGCAGAGGGCCAAGAAGAGAGGUGUCAAGCCGGAUACGGACAAGGCACAGGAAGUGAAGAAGAAGAAGAAGUACGCCGUUCGAGUAGAAGAGGGGUACGAUGUAGAGGAAAUAAUGGACAAAAUCCUUGAGGGUCAUAAUCACCUUAUGAACGUGAAGGACGUACUAGCCUCAGCGCUUAGGCUCAGGGAUGAGCUAAGGGCGCGACUAUCCAGGAAGAUGGUGGCCAGUGUGCAACUAGGGACUAUAAUCCCUAAGGAGGCUGAGUGGGCUGAAACGGGUACUAAGAUGGACUGGAAGUCUGUUGCCUGUGACUGCCUCGACGUUGUGGUAAAAGGGAAGACAUGCACCGUAAUGGUGGACAGUGGAGCGGAAAUGAACAUCAUAAAGGAGGAACAUGCCGUACGACUGGGAGUGGAGAUAGACCGCUCUGACAACGGGGUUUUGAUGGGGGCCAAUAGCCGAUCGAUAUUCAUUGGGACCACGUCGUCAGUGAUAUUGGAAAUUGGAAAGGUGAAAAUAUUCGACUUCGAGUUGGAGCGCAUUCCAGGGAAUAAGAAUAGGGCGGACGGGCUGAGCCGAGUCGACUGGGACAAGAACAAUCAAGGAGUGAUCGAGGAUGCUCCACCAGUCGACGGGUUCUUGGACAACGAGGAGGAUGUGAGACUUCACAUCAACUCCUGGGCAUUGGCCGUAGGUAAGUGUGUUACUCCCGGACGACCUGUAUGGCUUGCGCCUCCAGGACAUGCACGACGGUCAGACUUGGUCCUCAAACCGUAUAUUGAAGAAGAUUCUAAGGGAAUGUCGGACGUAGAUUGGAUGAUGGAGUUGGCCUUGGCAGGCAAGUACCAACUGCAUGAGGACUCACUUACGAUUGAGGAUGAGGUGCUGCAGGUAGGCAAGCAGGAGAAGACGAUAGGUGGGGUAUAUCUGCUGGCAAAUGCGCUGCUUCAGGAGGAGGCAGUCAGGAAUACGGUGCUAGACCAGGAAGAGGUGGUAGAGCCAGGAGAAGGCGACAAUGUGAUCCAUGAGAGGGGAGACGACGAUUUUGAGGAAGUAGAGAUCAAGGAAGCAUUUCAAGCAGAGGAAUAUGAGGGAGUAUACCUUGAACUCGGCAUGCUUCUUUCGUGUGAGAUGAGGGAAAGGGAUGCUUGCGCAAGAGUUCUGAAGAUGAGGCCAAGUUUCCUGAUGGUCGACGACUACUAUAAGUCUUGUGUACCAUGCCAAGAACGGUCUGCUCUAAGACCUAGAGAGCUGCUCCACCCAAGGUAUGUUCGUGAGGUUGGAGCCGUCGUACACUUGGACCUGUUGACAAUGUCGUUGGGAAUAGGGAGCUACAACUUCAUCUUUAAUGCGCGGGACAACCUCUCUGGGUUUGUGGAUGGCAGGUCCAUUCGCACGAAGACUGGCGAGAUGCUGGCUUGGUGCAUUGAAGAGUAUUAUCUUCGCUAUCCCUUUGUUUCCAGGUUUGUGAUGGAUAGGGGGUCUGAAUUCACAUGUGCGGAAGUAAAGGCUCUAUUGAAGAAGUAUGGGGUCAUCGCUGAGUACACUACUGCAGCACACCCCCAGGCCAAUGCACCUGUGGAGAGAGGACACAACACCAUCACGAACCUUCUUGCUAAAUGGACCGAUGGCAGGCCCAACCAGUGGCCGAACUUCCUAAUGGUCGCUUUCUUCGUGGACAACAUCACCGUCAGAAGGAGCACCGACUACGCGCCGGCUACGCUAUGGUAUGACCGACAUACCACGUUUCCUAUCGAGAGCUUCCUGAAGACCUGGAGGCGACAGGACCUCGAGACGGAUUUGACCUUUGAGGAACUGCUGGAUUUGAGAGCACGUCAGAUCGGCGCUAUUGAGGACAGGAUUGAGGAAGCAGCAAGUAGGACAGCCGAUAGCCGUACCAAGGACAAGUUCCGAUGGGAUAAGAUGACGGCAGCUAUGCCAAGAGGGAGGGGAGGGGCAGAGCCAGUGGAAACCCCCUUGGGGGCAACCCGACAGAGGGCGAAAAUGGGGACCAGGAGAGAGGACAGGCCUCCAGUCUUCCAGGGAGGGAACAUUGAGUUGUUCCUGAUGGAGUUCGAAAGGCAUGCUCGAGAGUUCGGAUGGGACGGCACCAGGAUGUUGAGGGAGGUGCGAGGCAUAGGCGAGUGGGCAGACCCUAUUGUGAAGAUGGUCAGAGAGUCGUUAACCUGGCAGGAUUUUCAGCGGAGAAUGGAGGGUUUGCAUCCGUCACCACUGGGAAGGGAUGGACAGCCCAUUCAUUUCGACUCCACUAACCUGGGGGAGUUCCUAUGGGCCUAUGAUCGGUAUGCAGAUGAGCUCGAUAUCCCAGGAGAGCAGAGGGUGGGGAGCUUCCUUCUGUUCGUGAGGCACCAUAUCAGGCCCUUCGUUCGAUCUAUCGUGGCAUCUGCCAAGAACUGGGGGCACUGCAAGAAGCUGUUGUGGAACUAUUAUACUCCAGCUCGUCAGGCAGAUGAGAGAAGAGGUAUGAAAAAUAGAAGAAGGGAAUCAGAGGCAGAGGAAAGGGCGACAUUUGAACAGGGCGCAUCAUCAGGGACUCAGAGGGGGGAGAGGAGGAAGGAGCACAAGUCCCACCGGCAUGAGAGAGCGGGAGGGUCCAGUGGUCCAGGUGUGCCUCCGCAACCGACUCAGAGGGAGAUGGAUUGUCUUAUGCCUGACGCAGAACCAGACAUUCCUCACGAGCCACAUGCGCAAGAGCUGAAGGAGGAACAGUCUUCACAGGAGAAGGAGCUGGACAGGCAGGAAAGAGCGGCAAGGGAACAGAAGAUCAGGACUCAGCUCCAAAUGAAGAACCUGGCAGAGCUGCAUGAGAGGGUGCAGCAAGGGAAAGAGCCUGAGGAGGUGGAGGAUAGAAAGGGUAAAGGUACUUGCACUCAGGAAGAGGACCCUCCUCUGUUUUCAGAGGUCUGGAUGAGUUUCGACAAGUUAAUGGAUGUUGCAGGAAGGACAGGAGGACACCAUCAGGAGAUGGGGGUUAAGUUGGUCUCGACAGACCUGCUCAACCUAAGGGGCGUAAUGAAGGAAGGCUUCACUGCAGCCAAGGCAUCAGAUCAGAAGAUUGGGGACAGACUGACGAAGGUGGCACAGAAGGCCUAUGGCCAGAAAGUGGAUUGGGAGAGAGAAGUUGAGGACCUGAAGAAGGAGCUGGGAAGGCAAGGUAAAAAGUUGGAAGCAGUAAAGGUGGAGACGGAGAAAGUUUGGGAUGAGAAUGAGAUCAUCAGGCAAGUCAAUCAGACCCUCAACAGGGUCACUGACGCUCUGAGGGCCUACCUAUGCGCUCAACAAAUCUCCUUUCACGCGAAAGAGGCGAAGUGGGAGAAGAGGAUUCAAGACCUCGAGGCCAAGUAUGCACAGCAGACUCCCAUGAGAGUGGUGGAUUGGACAGAGAUCCAAAGGUUUGAAGGGUGAGGAGAUCUCUCUGAUCGACAAAGAGAUGUUGGAACAAUCAGGAGCGCUAGCGAAGAAGGGCAUAGAGGCCGGAGAGUUUUAGUGGAGAUUGCCAGCUGGC